CUGGUAUUUCCGCCGCCACCAUGUCCACAGUCUCUGGUCAUCCCGUGUACUGUCUGCAGUCUCUGGUCAUCCCCUGAACUGUCUGCAGUCUCUGGUCAUCGCCUGUACUGUCUGCAGUCUAUGGUAAUUUCCUGUACUAGACUGCAGUCUCUUGAUCACCUCUGUACCGUCCACAGUCUCUGGUCAUUCCCUGUACUGUGUCCGCAGUCUCUGGACAUCUCCUCUACUGUGUCCGCAGUCUCUGGUCAUCUCCUGUACUGUGUGUCCGCAGUCUCUGGUCAUCUCCUGUACUGUGUCCGCAGUCUCUGGUCAUCCCCUGUACUGUGUCCGCAGUCUCUGGUCAUCCCCUGUACUGUGUCCACAGUCUCUGGUCAUCCCCUGUACUGUGUCCGCAGUCUCUGGUCAUCCCCU